ACAUUUUACCAGGGUAUCAGCCCAAGAAUAUGAACCCAACGACGAAAAAUAAGUUGACAGUUCCAUUUCCAUUCCAUCUCUGUGUGUAACAGUCGCAACCAACAAAUCUUGAGGCAGGAGAUGGCGAACAUUCUACGACGUGGUUUCCGGGUCGCCUUGUCUCGGUGUGAUCAUGGAUCGGCUGUUGCUGCUGCGUUGGGAAGGAGAUCCUGCACAAGUGAUGCUUUGGUUGAAGUCAAACCCGGUGAGGUUGGAAUGAUCUCCGGUAUCCCUGAAGAACAGCUUCGGCGAAGGGUCUUGAUUUAUUCGCCCGCACGCACUGCAUCUCAACAAGGCUCCGGAAAAGUUGGAAAGUGGAAGAUCAAUUUUUUAUCCACACAGAAGUGGGAAAAUCCAUUAAUGGGCUGGACAUCGACAGGAGACCCAUAUGCUAAUGUUGGUGAUGCAGGACUCAGUUUCGAUAGUGAGGAUGCAGCAAAGGCAUUUGCUGAGAAAUAUGGCUGGGAAUAUGUGUCAGUUUGAAGAGGAACAUGUGUUUUGGAUGGUGAUUGAUUGAUUGAUUGUUAGUUUUUGAAUUUAUAUAAGGGAAAAGGUUUUUGAUAGAAUGAAAUCCUAUGGAAGUGUUGAGGAAGUUGUUACAACUCCAAUCAAAGGUUGGGUAUUCUUUAUUGAUCCUUCAUCUGGCUGGGCUGUCGAUAAAUAUUUUUUUAGUACAUAACUCUUUCUAGGAUUCAAGUUGAAAUGGGACAGUUGUUGAGAGCUCUACAGGAGCAAAAGGAAUAUAUAUUUCCUUCUGAUUCAUCAUCUUGUAGGCUGCUGCUGCUGUAUUUG